AUGGAUAGAUGGGAUUUCGAUCGCGACACCAAGUAUCGAAGCAGCAAGAGGAAAGAUAGAGGUGGAGAGAGUGAUGAGGAGGAUCGGUAUGGCGAUAAACAAACUUAUGUUGUGCACGAGUGGCGGCUCUUUGAUCAGGACAAAGUUGCCGCUGCUGAGGAAGACAGAGAUAAGGAUGAGAGUAAGGAAUUCGAGGAUGGAGAUAAGUUGCAACAACGGAAAUUGAACGGGGAAACAAUGACGAUGAUGAAGAAUGAACUUAAAGAUGAACCCUGUGGUGGUGCACUGGGAGCACCUAGUACCCCUUUGGCGCCCAGCUACCCUCUUCCUCCUUCUAAGGUAUCAUCACUUUCUACCAAACAUGAAACUGAAGGAGUUGAUUCUGCAGAUGCUGGCAAGAUUGGAGGCAUUUCUCUCAAUGCUUUAUCUAUGGCUAAAGCAACUUUACUGAAGAAUACCCACUGCCCACCACAAUCUGCUGCCCGACAUGGUGGUGGGUUGCCCCGAAAUUCUCAUGAAGCUGUAAAACGGGCACAAGAGCUUGCUGCCAAGAUGGGUUUUAGACAAGACCCAAAAUUUGCUCCACUUAUAUACAAGUUCCCGGGAGAGCUUGCACCAGAAGUGGCUAUACAACUAAAGCCUGCUAAAGCCCUUGUUCCUAGUUUGGAUGCAUUUGGUAGGGAAGUCAAUGAAAAUGCAAUGUGGUAA